AUGAGGUGUGUGACAUUUUUUCCAAUAGAUUAUACUGUAACCAAGUAUGGAUUUUGUUUGAAAUUUUACGCUGGACCGAAAACAUGGGACGAUGCUGAAGCAGUGUGCCGAAAUGAUGGAGGGCAUCUCGUGAAUGUUGACUCUGAAAUCAAAGCGCAUACGGUGAACAUGACUCUCGUAGCAAAUUCGUUGUCUGGUACAUAUGCUAAUUUGGUCUGGAUAGAUGGCCGAAGAUCCGUUCAAGGUGGCGCUUGGUCGUAUGGAUAUGAAUCAACAGAUUCGUCCUUUGUAUACUGGGGCGACGAUGACCCAGAUAACAAACCAUCCGACUUGUGUAUGGCGUAUCAGAGAAAUCCCAACGCAGACUCAUAUAUGUGGCGUUGGUACGAUUAUUAUUGUCCUAACAACUUCCAGUUUGUGUGUCAAGUCGCUAAGUAA